GCGGCUGAAGAGCCCGGAGGCGGCUCUAGCACCUGAUCUGUCCGCCCUUCGCCGCCCGGUCUCGGCUGUUCUCGGCUCGGCAAGGCUCGGCUCCUCCUCAGUCCUCCCGAUCCCUUGCAGCUCGGCCUCCGCCGCCCGCCUCCGCCGCCGAAAUGAUGAUGAUGGCGCUGAGCAAGACCUUCGGGCAGAAGCCCGUCAAGUUCCAGCUAGAAGACGACGGAGAAUUCUACAUGAUCGGCUCUGAGGUGGGAAACUACCUCCGUAUGUUCCGAGGUUCUCUGUACAAGAGAUACCCCUCACUCUGGAGGCGACUAGCCACUGUGGAAGAGAGGAAGAAAAUAGUUGCAUCGUCACAUGGUAAAAAAACAAAACCUAACACUAAGGAUCAUGGAUACACAACCCUGGCCACCAGCGUGACACUGUUAAAAGCUUCAGAGGUGGAAGAGAUUCUGGACGGCAAUGAUGAGAAGUACAAGGCCGUCUCCAUCAGCACGGAACCCCCCACCUACCUCAGGGAACAGAAAGCCAAGAGGAACAGCCAAUGGGUGCCCACCCUGCCCAAUAGCUCCCACCAUCUGGAUGCUGUGCCCUGCUCCACGACCAUCAACAGGAACCGCAUGGGCCGGGACAAGAAGAGAACCUUCCCUCUGUGCUUUGAUGACCACGACCCAGCUGUGAUCCAUGAGAAUGCCUCCCAGCCUGAAGUGCUGGUCCCUAUCCGGCUGGACAUGGAGAUCGACGGGCAGAAGCUGCGAGAUGCCUUUACUUGGAACAUGAAUGAGAAGCUGAUGACUCCUGAGAUGUUUUCAGAAAUCCUCUGUGAUGACCUGGAUUUGAACCCUCUGACAUUUGUGCCAGCCAUCGCCUCUGCCAUCAGGCAGCAGAUAGAGUCCUACCCCACAGACAGCAUCUUGGAGGACCAGUCAGACCAGCGUGUCAUCAUCAAGCUGAAUAUCCACGUGGGAAACAUUUCGCUGGUGGACCAGUUUGAGUGGGACAUGUCAGAGAAGGAGAACUCACCAGAGAAAUUUGCCCUGAAGCUGUGCUCAGAGCUGGGGCUGGGCGGGGAGUUUGUCACCACCAUCGCGUACAGCAUUCGGGGACAGCUGAGCUGGCAUCAGAAGACCUAUGCCUUCAGUGAGAACCCCCUACCCACGGUGGAAAUUGCCAUCCGGAACACAGGCGAUGCUGACCAAUGGUGCCCACUGCUGGAGACUCUGACAGACGCUGAGAUGGAAAAGAAGAUCCGAGACCAGGACAGGAACACAAGGCGUAUGAGGCGUCUUGCCAACACUGCCCCAGCUUGGUAACCAGCCCGUCUGCGCAUGGCUCCCACGGAGCAUUGAGAAGAUCGGACCGCCUCUCCUUCAUCUUCUGGCAAGGAGGGAGGCAAAGGGGCAGGCCGGGGCCAUCCUGAGGAACAUGGGGUGUGGGGAGGGCUUCUGGUCACCCUCCCCUGGGCACAUUCCAUUUGUUGAGCCCAGUCCCCAUCCAAGUCUCUGGUCAGAAAGAGGCCUCGUUUUGGGUUAUGUUUUGUUUUUGUAUAGGAGCCCCA